CUGAGGUAGGUGACUUGAAAUAGAUUUCCCACAACUGAGACUGUCCAAGUAAUGGAUUAGUUAAAUUUCAUCAACGAAACUGCGUAAGCAUAACCAAUUGCCCUCAGAUGCUGGGCCAGCUUUAGCAAACAUCGACAUCUGUUAUCGAAACUCGAUUACAUCGCGAGAUACAUAUCUCCUCCACAACGUACCUAGCGAGAAUGGAAUUGUGAUGCUAAUAAUUGCACUUAGAUCCCACGGUACAACAUUCCCGUGUGAAUUUCUCAAAGUUGAACUUAAACGAUCAAGCAAAAUGUAAGCUAUCGCUUACCUCAUAAUCGAGCCCAGUUGCCAGUUCAGUCCGUCUACACAUCAGCAUGGAACAAGUUGCUUUGGAUUACGAGUACGCUCCAGCAACGGAAGCGGACAGGGCAGAGGUUCGCCAAGCUUUAGCAUCCUACUUCUACCCGGAGGAACCACUGACACUCGCCCACCGGGAUGGUCCGUUCGUUACGGAGGACGACAUGGAGAACGCCCUGUCCUUCCUGGCGCAAGGCACCACCAUUCUAGCCCGUACCGCGGCCAACGGUGAACUGGUUGGUGUUUCCAUCGGUGGUCCUUCAGCGCACGAGAUCUCAGUGCCGAUUACCACCCGAAAGUUAGCCGAUAUUGUAGCGUUUCUGGAGAUGCUCGAUGUGCGGGCGUAUGGGUUUGCGCGUUCGAGUUCAGCGUACCACGUGUACGCACUAGCUGUCCAUCCUGCUCACCGGGCCCACUCGAUCGGACGGCGUUUGAUGGAGGAACAGAUCGCGUUGGUUCGUGCCCGGUGGCCAGCGUUUGCUACCAUCACGGUUGAAACAACUGGCCCCGGUUCGGGUCGGCUUAUGGACCGUAUCGGGAUGCGUGAAACAGGACGGCUUAGCUUCGCGGACUACCGGGAUGCGGCGGGUGAUCAAGUGUUCCUUGGAGCAGGGGAAGUGGUUGCCUGGGAGAUGAAACUUUGAAAAUGAAAAACAAAACCGUUGCGAGCACGUGGGUUUGGAUGAGUUUUGUAAUAAAUG